CGUCGUUUCCUACAAGAAAAGCUAACCCCAUGCCUGCCCAUCUCUCCAAUGAGCAAUAACAAACAAUCCCGGUCAUUUUUUUCAUAAGAGAGUUCAUCAAUCAUCAUGGGAUGAUUACACAAUUAGCUAGAAUCAUCCACUUAGGCUAGUCUGCAAUCCCGUUAUUGGGAACCUCUAGUUCAGUUUAAGUGACCAACCUUUGCUCAAUUGUUUUGCCUUUAUCUUUCUGAUCGAGCACCAACAUAUGCUGAAUUGUAGCCGCAGUUCUAGCAUCGUAUGACAAAGUGAAUAAUGGUACGACCAAGUUAAUGCCGUAAAAGGUCGAGUAAGAUUCAUGAAACUUUAUGUAAAUAUAAUUAAUAGCUAGCAAACAGUAACAAAAAUGCUAUUCAAACUAGUACUUCUAUAUCACCAUUUGCAUCCUUCGUGUCACCCUAAUUGCCUUUCGAUAAUGGAUGCAUUGAGAUUGGUUCCAACUUUCGUACUUGAAAAAUAUCUUAAGAUCUGUACGUCAUUAUCUACACAAAGGGCUCCUAGCUAGGUACAGAGAUGUUCCAGAGUCGACUCACUGUAUUCUCGUCCAUGCGUUUAUAUAUUUUGUAGGCGUGCACAUGGAUUAUAAAAUGGAAGAGAAUGUCUCUGCAUUAGUGGGGUUUUGGGGUUUUUAUAUAAUUAGCUGUAAAAGUUGAGAGAUUAGAGAAGAGAGUUUGAAUACAGAGUCCUCAUAUAGGUGGGAGGGAGUGGGAACUUGAACCAAUAGAAAAAUCAUUCCCAGCUUGCCCAUAAAAUUCAGCAAAACCCCAUCGUUUUAAAUUCACAAAGCUUGACUGUCAUUGGCUCUUAAGAUCGGCUUUGAACGCCUCAGUCUAGCUUCCACAUACUUCAUUCCACCCGCCAACUCCUUCAACUUUCGACAACUCGCAGAGCUUUCAAUUCCGUCGUGAAGAUGAAGCUUUUCAGUUGGGUGCAAAAUAAGCUUAACGGGAAACAAGGGAACAAAAAACCACAUAGAGCUUCAACUACGAAUCAUGUGAAACAAGAGCCACGUGAAGAAUUCAAUGACUGGCCCCAUGGCUUGCUAGCAAUUGGAACUUUUGGGAACAAUGAUCUGAAAGAAAAUCUAGAAAGCCAAAAUAGUCAAGAUGAUCCAUCUUCAUCUGAAGAAGUACUAGAUUUUACUCCAGAAGAAGUUGGAAAGUUACAAAAAGAGUUGACAAAGCUCUUGUCACGUAAACCAAACAAAGAGAAGGAAGUUGCAGAUCUUCCUUUGGACAGAUUCCUUAAUUGCCCAUCAAGCUUGGAGGUUGAUCGAAGAAUUAGUAAUGCUCUUUGCAGUGAAUCUGGUGAUAGAGAUGAAGAUAUCGACCGGACAAUUAGUGUCAUAAUUGGUAGAUGUAGGGAAAUUUGUGCAGAUAAUAAAAAGAAAGCAAUUGGGAAGAAAUCAAUUUCCUUCCUACUCAAGAACAUGUUUGUUUGUGGAAGCGGGUUUGCACCAGCACCCAGUUUAAGAGAUACACUUCAGGAGUCAAGAAUGGAGAAGCUUUUGAGAGUAAUGCUUCACAAGAAGAUCAACCCUCAAAAUACUUCUCGGGCGUCAUCAAUGAAGAGAUAUCUAGGGGACACACAGAUACCAAAGAAGAGAGAUGAUGAUGAAAUGCAGGAGAAGAUCACUGAUGGAGGCAAAUGGGUCAAGACAGAUUCUGAAUAUAUUGUUCUAGAGAUAUAAAUCUACCUCUAACUCUGCAAUCAUUACAAUUACAAGAUUCAAAUGUUUAUGCUUUUGAGUUUUGAGGAACUCAGACGUCAGGAUUACCAACCAUCAAGAAAGUUUUUAAUGUUGGCUCAUGAUCAGAAGACCACAAAAUCAAAAUGUAUUACUAUCCAAAAAAAAAAAUGUAUUGAUACUGAUACUGUGUCUCUGUCUCUUUUUUCGAAGGUGCUCCACCUUUUUUUCAUGGUUGUAUCUGUGGACACAGUACAACCCAUGUUGUAAGAUAUCGUCAAAAAGGAUUUCUGUAGUUUGUACUGGCAAGGCUAGACAUUAUCUACAUUUUUCAUCCGAUUCUACUCUUUUUUUCCCCUUCUCCCUGCUUAGUUCCUAUCUUUGUAAGAUAUUUUAUGGCGAAUAAUAUUGGAUUGAGACCUUGAAUCA